AUGAUGCCGCUUGCCUGGUGUUUGGUGUCUGGCGUCUGGUAUCGUCAACCAGCUCUCGUCUCACUCUCACCACCGCACUCGUGGUUGGAAGUGCCUCUACUGUCACCCUUGCGUAUCCUCUGCAAACACGGCAUCCCGAACGUGGUUCAGUUCACCCAGAAUUCCCUUCUCGGGGCGGCCGAUGCAGCGCGCAUUUGCUCAAAAGUGAGAUGCACACAUUCAAUAAUACUUAUUCGCAUUCGAUUCUUCAAGCAAUACGAGUCCAACUUUACAAAUUGCUCCAGCUCCUCUCGCGCUCAGAAGAGAUUGCACACUCCCAAGACGAGUACGAUGCGUCGAAUAGAAAGAUGGAAUGAAAUUUGGCCAAAUUCCCGCGAUGGCACUAUAAUGGUAGAUGGUCUUGCUCAUGAUGUAAACCUGGCCGCCAUCUCGCUCAAUCGGACUGUGCAGGAUAUCGCAUCAACUGGCAUCUUUGUCGCUCUCCUGCGCCUGCGGAAGAAGAUCCCGGGAGUGGCUCCUAUCCUUGAGACCACCGAAAGCCGAAAGCCACCAAGGACAGCUGGAGAAGCAGAUCAUGCCUGUAUUGAGCUAUUCGAAGUCGUAAUCUACAACUCGGGUGUCGGACGCUACUGUUCGGUUCUUGAAAGAGGGUGUAGGCUUAUGCCCAUUAAAAAGUCACGGACUGAUGAUGAUCAAAGCCACGCUGGAAACCAGCUGGCCUGGCUGUCGUAGAGCCGCCUCCGCUCUAUCCUCGUCAGCACCACCAACGCCGCAGAAAGAAUGGGGCUAGAUUUAUGCGCCCUGGUCCGGCUUAUAUGCUUGGUCGUGCGAUGCAAUGGCACGACCAGAUGGAUCGGUCUGCUUGCUCCAAGUUGGUGUCCAACGCAUGACAGUGCUGGCACAAUAUGGCGGGAAGUGCUCGUCGAACAUGCAGCGGUACCAGUAGGCCUCCUUGGAAUCAGGAAUGUCAUCUCCCCAGAACGGCUUCUCUUUCCGGAUGUUGGCCUCAACCAUCUGCUCAUCAGAGACCAUCUUCUUUGCCUCGUCUUUGAGAGCAUCAAUCCAGCCAUACCCGACGCCGUCGGAGAAUUGCUCCUUCUGUCUC